GCCGGAUGCCACGAUAGCCGCAUCGACGAGUCGUGCGCGCGCGCGUUUCAAACUAUAUAUAUACGAUAUAUCUCGAUUCCGCUACGACCUGCGAUAUUAUUCCACGUUAAAACGGCGGAUUGAAUCAUAUAUAUUAUUUCAUUCGAUAUCCCGCACGGGGAAUACAGAGGGAUUCAGUUUAUAAUAUUAAAAAUAAAAAAAAAAAAAAAAGGAAACGUCGCAACGAAAUGUAAAAGGAUGAUCGCAAAAAUUCUCAUGUUACGUAAAGGUUGAGAUUUAAAAAUAAUUGAUAACAAUUGAAGAAAUAUUUCGAAAAAAAAAAAAAAAAAACACGGACUAGUAAAUAAAAUUAUCACAGAUCGUACAUGUACAUCGUCGAUCAAUCGCAGUGCGACGUUUUGAUUAUUAAAAUGUAACGAUCAUCACGUUACCCACCCACAUGUACGGCGUAAAAGAUCAUUACAAAUCGCGGCCAAAGUGGUGGAACAAUUUUACUGCCACGCGGUGCAACGCGUUGGACGUAUAAAACAAGUUUAGGUGUGUGAAGUAAAAAAAAAAAAGAAAAAAAAAAAAGAAAAACAAACCGUGCAUAAAAAAAAUCGUUUGCCGAUAGAUGACGCCUGCGAUAUAACGUACCCACGCAUACGUACCAUACGGGACUGUACAACAAUAACAACAAUAACAACAACAACAACAACAACAACAACAAUAAUAAUAGUAACAAUAAUUUAUCGGACCAGGUACAACAACGAUAAUAAUACGCGAAUACGUGCCCACGUCACGAUAAACGUACAUCAUAUAAAAAUGUGGUCGUGCAUCGUCGGCGGGGAGAAAAGUGUGUGUAAUAAUAAUAUGUUGUGCAGGUGUGAAGUGUUUUGGUGCUAACGACAGUGAUAACAUUUGUACAAACUUGUUAUCUCCCCCCCGACCCACGCCCCUCCGCCCCCCACCCCCCCCGCCCCCCUUAGACCGCCAAUCUGUCUCUACUCCCCCUCCCCCAUCGGCCGCCGAACUCUCUCCUCCCCCCCUCCCCCCCUCCGCCCCCCUAGCCGCGUUAUCGCUGGAUUGCUUCCUUCUUAUUUCGAGAUAAGAUAUAAAAAAAGUAAGGAAACUCGGGAGAGAAAAUACGGAUCGGAUUAGAUUCGCGUUUGACAAAUACAGUCGGGUUCUAUUUUUCGUUUCCUUUGUUUUUUUCACCACACUCUGUCAGUGUGAUAUCCAUAUAAUAUCUUUCGUCUCGGUAUACGGUAGAAAAAAAAAAAAAAAACAUUCUCUUCCCCGCAUCUCCGUACUCCAGCCAAAGAAUACAGAAAAAAAGUAAAUAAAAAAUUAAAAAUAAAAAAAAAGAAAAAAAACAACAACAAUCUUUCUCUCAUCUUCUAUCACACUUCUGUAUACGGACAAACACACACACAUAUAUAUAUAUAUAUAUAUAAAUAUAUACAUACACACGUAUAUCUCUCUCUAAUUUCACUUCGACUCGAUCGGCGCAGUCGCGAUCCAAUAUUCGCCGAGCUACUUGGAAUACCGUCGUCCUAAGCAACUCCGGUUCUCGAUUCACCCCGAAAGUCGAGGGAUAAAAGCUACGAAAAUUCUGGACAUAAUGGACAUGAGCAGCGAGUCGAGCUCUACCCGAUGGUACGAGCCGCCCAGGGGAUCCCUCGAACCUCCGACCGGUUCCGGGUCGUUGGCUGCGGGUGGGGCCGGCGUCGCGACGCCCGACUACAGGGGAUACUACCCCCAUGCUGCACCGACGCCUCACCACUCGGCCGCCGCGCACGCCGCCGCCGCCCACUACGCCCACAGCAGAAUGUCAAGCGGCGGAGUGACGAACGGAGGUGGUAGCCAAGUGUGCAGACCACACUUCCACAGUUCGGUACUUCACCCUUGGUUGUCGGGUUCGAGUGCGGACAGUAAACCAUGGGGUUUUCCAUCUACGACGGCGUCGACCGGAGCGACGUCGGGUUCGGGCGAAGACAAGCCCCAGAGUCCGUUGGGCUCGUCGCUACCGCCGACGUCGAGCAGCCUGACGAGUCACGGCGGAGCGGCUUCCGGUCACCACCUCUUCUCGUUCCCGCCAACGCCACCGAAGGACGCGACGCCGGACAGCAUAACGACGAGUACGACCUCGAGCUCCAACAACAACAACAACAACAACACCAGCAACAACAACAACAACAACAACUCGAGCUCCCUCGGACUCGGGGGCGGAAGCAGCGAGUACCAGGCGGCUGUUGCCCACGCCGCCGUUAUGGGGGCGUUCAUACACCAUCAGGACGCCCUCGGCUCGACUUCCGGAAGUUCCUGCGACGUGAAGCCAUCGGUGAUGCUGGGUCACCACCACGGCGCCUCCUCGCCACCCCAUCAGCACAACGGAUCGGGGAACUCCGGGCAGGUCCAGAAGCAGCGGGAAGGUAAUAACCAAUCUGCAUCCGGGUCUGUCAAUCAGGCUAACCAGCAGCAGACUGGUGCGGCCGGUGGUGUCAACCACCAGCAGCAGCAGCAACAGCAGCAGCAGCAACAGGAUUACCAAAACCAGGGCGCUACCUCACCCCGGGACUCCUAUUCCACAUCCCAUCAUCCAUCCGCACCGUCCCAGUACGAUCCAUCCGCUGCUUACAACAUGUAUCAACACCUUCAGUACUCCGGUCAUCACUCCCACAAUCCCCACAACGGGCCGACUAUAUUCUCGGGGAGUCAUCAUCCCACUACCGGCGUACCCGGAAUUAGUCCCGAUGCUAAACUUCUCGGUUCGCACGGGAACACGCCUAAUUCACCCGGGUCGCAACAGCAACAGCAGCAAAAGCCAAGGAACAAAUCCAGAACGUCCGCCGAUCUUUUCUUUUCUCCGGCGUCGUUUCGACCAGAGGGUCGCGAGUGCGUCAACUGCGGGGCGACCUCAACUCCUCUUUGGCGACGGGACGGGACGGGACACUACCUGUGCAAUGCCUGCGGUCUCUACUACAAGAUGAACGGACAAAACCGGCCACUCAUCAAGCCGAAACGCCGCCUGUCCCUGCAGAGUGCUGCACGUAGGGCGGGCACGAGUUGCGCCAACUGUAAAACGGCCACGACGACAUUAUGGCGGAGGAACCAGGCUGGUGAGCCAGUUUGCAACGCGUGCGGACUGUACUACAAACUUCACAACGUGAACCGACCACUGACGAUGAAGAAAGAGGGAAUACAGACGCGGAAUCGAAAGCUGUCGUCGAAGAGUAAAAAGAAGAAGGCUGGCGGGUGUCUCGGCCUCGGUGGCGUCAUGGGAGACAUGAUCAAGGCCGGGGGCCACCUCGACCUCGACAACAAGCCGUUCCACUCCGGGUUCGGAUCGCCGAUGGGCACGUCACAGCAUCAUCACUCGAUGCAUCCCGCGAUGCAGCACUACAUGUAUCACACGGGGGUUGGAGUCACGGGGGGACUUCACCAGGGCUUUGCUCCACCUCCGGCACCACCGCCGAUUCAUCCUCAUUCCCAUUCGCAUUCCCACUCACACCACAUGGCCAGUCUUCAGGGUCUCCAGUUGGCCGCUACUACGAAUGCCAUGACCGGGUGGAGAACAGAGUACACAUGAAUCGCGAAUGGCGAUUGAUGCAGGACGCAGCCCACCACUCUGACACAAGCUUUCUAAAACUACGUAUGACGAUUGAAAGAUAAUGUUGUUUUUCGUUUGUUUCUUUUUUCAUC